AUGAAAUAUUCUUAAGAGAGGAAGAAGAAGAAGAACAGUAUUUUCACAAAACCUAAGCGAUGAGGGAUGAAAUUGAAAAUUUUCACAAUAGUCCCUUUUCUGCGUUUGGAAAUCAAACCAAUGAUCUGCAGCAAGAAAUUCUCGAUUCUUCUGAAGAGUCCAGCCCUUUAGGUUUGACACUGCAAAAAACGCCAUCUUUUGUCGAUCUAGUGGAGAUGACGAUGGCUAAUGGAAAUCAAGAAGUUCAUUCAACGGCGACGGCUCUUGGCUUAAACAACAAUAGUCCUCGAAUGGAAAAUGAGCAUUUGAAGGCUACCAAUUUCCCUGCAAAUUUGCUUCGAAUAGGAACGUGGGAGUGGAGAGCAAUGUAUGAAGGAGACGUGAUUGUGAAGAUAUACUACGCGAAGAAAAAAAUUGUUUGGGAGAUUCUACAAAGACCAUUGAAGAAAAAGAUCGAAAUUCAAUGGUCUGAUAUUAGUGCAAUUCGAGCCAGUAUGCCUGAUAAUGAAGUAGCAACUUUGGAAAUUGAGUUGAAUCAGCCUCCUUUGUUCUAUUGCGAAACCGAUCCACAACCGCGAAAACAUUCUGCUUGGAAACCUUGGUUUGAUUUUACAGGAGGUCAAGCUUCCUUCUGGAGGAGACACUAUGUUCAAUUCGCUCCCAAAACCCUCGAUAAACACUACCAAAAGCUUUUGCAAAGUGACGAACGAUUAUUUUCAUUGAGCCAUGAGCUCUUCCCAAGCCAAGAAUCCACUUUUUACUCUUUCGAUACCAUAUCGGAAUUUCUCCCUCAAAUGCAAUAUCCAUAUCCAACUUAUAUCACACCAAUAACAAUGGAACCUCAUAUGUUUCGUUCAAAUUCAACAUCAGGGAUUGUGACUCAAAACCAGACUGUUUGGGGACAAGCAGAAAAUAUUCAAGAUGCAUCAUCUAUUAAUUUGGUAACACAAUCUUCCAAUCUAGUUUUCGACUAUCCUUACUCGGAUUAUGUGGGAGAUGCAAAUAUAUCUAAUCCGUUAGAUGUAAAUCCUAAUGAUCAAGUGAUUCAGAAUGGCAUUGAAAAUUCCAUAUCAGAUGGUUUCCGUCCACAAUCUAUAAAUUGGAUAGCUCAAGAAUCUAUAGAAAACCUUGUGUUGCAACCAGAAGUAAACAACUCGAUUGAUCCAUUUGAAUUUGAAGGAUUGAUAAAUGGAGAUUAUUCUACUUGGAAUUCUAAUCCGAAUAUUUUCGGGCUUUUCCUUUCGUAAAUAGACUUGUUCUUCUUCCCUUUGCGGAAAAUCCUCAAAUGGGAAAGAAUUUCUCUUUCUUCUGAUGUUCGUUUUUGUAAAUUUCUGGAAG